AUGGCGGAUGACAAGCAAGUGAUUGAUCGAAAGGACAACUUGAAUGACUACCGCAAUCGCCUGGGCAGCGAAGUCGCCGUGGGAUACGAUGACGACAGCGCCAUCCCGAAGGGGUCGACGGACCCGGUGUACGAGGCCAAAGCCAGAGUGCUAAACCGCGCGAUCCAGGACAUCGGCAUGGGAUGGUAUCAGUGGCAGCUGUUUAUUGUGGUCGGCUUUGGCUGGGCGAGCGACAACUUGUGGCCGAUUGUGACCUCUUUGAUCUUCACCCCUGUCGCCAACGAAUUCAAUCCCUCGCGGCCUCCGCUGCUGACGCUGAGCCAAAACAUUGGCCUUCUUGCCGGUGCCAUCUUCUGGGGCUUUGGAUGCGACAUUUUCGGCCGUCGAUGGGCAUUCAAUUUGACCCUGGGCGUGACCAGUGUGUUCGGCCUGAUCGCCGCCAGCUCCCCCAACUUUGCGGGCAUCGGGUGUUUCGCUGCGCUAUGGUCCUUUGGAGUCGGGGGCAACCUACCCGUUGAUUCGGCCAUCUUUCUUGAGUUCUUGCCUGGGAGUCAUCAAUAUUUGCUUACUGUCCUGUCCGUCGACUGGGCCUUUGCUCAACUCGUCGCCACACUCAUCGCCUGGCCCUUGCUGGGCAACUUGACAUGUCAGGAAGGAGAGACCUGCACGCGCUCCAAGAACAUGGGCUGGCGGUACUUCCUGAUCACGAUGGGCGGCAUUGCCAUGAUUAUGUUCUUCAUCCGCUUUGUGCUCUUCACCAUCUACGAGAGCCCCAAGUUCCACAUGGGCAAAGGCCGCGACGACGAGGCUGUGCGCAUCGUGCAUGAGGUGGCACGCCGAAAUGGCAAGACGUCGUCCUUGACCAUCGAGGACCUCAAGGCCUGUGAGAUACUCGCCGAGGGAGGUGUUGCUGGCCAUCAACAGACCAGCGCCGCGGCACAGCUGAAGCGCCGCCUGGAGAAGAUCAACCUCACGCAUGUCCGAGCGCUGUUUGCAACCAAGAAACUGGCCUUGAGCACAUCGCUGAUCAUGGUCGUAUGGGCGUUCAUUGGACUGGGAUAUCCCCUCUACAACGCUUUCAUCCCGUACCUUCAAGCAAUCAAAGGCGCGCAAUUCGGGGACGGCAGCACGUACAUCACCUACCGCAACCAAGUUAUUAUCGCGGUGCUAGGGAUCCCUGGCGCUCUGCUGGGCGGCGCGAUGGUGGAAAUCCGCCGUUUCGGCCGCCGCGGCUCCUUGUGUGUGUCGACCAUCCUGACUGGUGUCUUUUUGUACUGCUCCACCACCGCCACGACCUCGAACUCCUUGCUCGGCUGGAACUGCGCCUUCAGCUUCACCUCCAACAUCAUGUACGCUGUGCUCUACGGCUACACACCGGAAUGCUUCUUCACCAAGGACCGCGGCACGGGGAACGCCCUCACCGCCACUGCCAACCGAGUGUUUGGCAUCAUGGCCCCUAUCAUCGCCAUGUUUGCCAACCUGAAAACCACCGCGCCGGUAUAUACCAGCGGCGCGCUGUUCAUUGCCGCGGGCCUAGCAGUGGUAGUCUUACCGUUUGAGAGUCAGGGCAAGGCCAGUCUUUGA